UUUCGGUAUUAUCCAUUAGAAAAAAUUUUUAAUUUUUUCUGUUUCCGAUGUCAGACCUGCAAUAAGAUCUUGGGAAUUCACAACUUUAAAGGUUACGGUGGAUUACCUUAUUGUCCCGUACACUAUCCAAAUCCCAAAUCGUUCACUCUCGUCAAAGACAGCCCAGAAAUGCAGCAAGUCGCGGCAAACACUAGGAAUAUGAGCAAGGUGAGCCAGUUAGACGAUUUACUAACACGCAUGCCUGGUCUCGACAUUCAGCACUUCCGAGCAGCUUACGACUACGACGCAGCGGAUUACGACGAAGUGAGUUUCAUCGAGGGCGACGAGAUACUUCACGGGGAGCCGAUCGACGAGGGGUGGAUGUUCGGCACCGUCAAACGCACCGGCAAGUUCGGCAUGCUGCCCUCCAACUACGUCGUGCCAAUCCAGGUGGGAAUAUACCAAUUACCCACAAAUUACAGAAGACGCAGUGACUAA